AUGCAUAUGACAACUCUAAAAUUUUUUUUUUUGUUUCUCCUCGGAUUCUCUGUCCUAACAAUGUGGUAUGUAAUUUUUCCUUCCAACACUGCGAUGGAGCAUGCAGACAUGAUGUAUUUCUAUGAAUAUGAACCGAUUUACAAGCAACGCUACCUCUUCACGCUGCGGGAGCGCUUGAAAUGCAAAGACAUAAAUCCAUUUCUAGUCAUCUUGGUGUCUUCAAGCCCUAAGGACGUGAAGUCCAGGCAGGCCAUCAGGAUAACGUGGGGAUCUCAGAACUUCUGGUGGGGACACAGAGUCCUAACCCUGUUCUUACUGGGUGAGGACACUCAAAGGGAGGACAGUGUUGCAGCACUGUCAGUGGAAGAUGAAAGCCUCCUCUAUGGUGACAUAAUUCGACAGGAUUUUAUGGACACUUACAACAAUCUCACCUUGAAAACAAUCAUGGCGUUCAGGUGGGUCACCGAGUUCUGCUCUAACACAAGAUUCCUUAUGAAGACCGAUACCGAUGUCUUCAUCAACCCUGCUAACUUGGUGAAGUUCCUUCUGAAACUGAAUUCCUCAGAAAAUAUUUUUACUGGUUAUCCUCUUGUAGACAACUUUGCUUACAGAGGCUUUUACAAAAGAAGAUACAUCUCUUACCAGGAAUAUCCCUUCAAGUGGUAUCCUCCAUAUUGCAGUGGGAUGGGUUAUAUAUUGCAUGGAAAACUGGCUCUCAGAAUUUAUGAACUGAUGAGUCAUGUCAAGCCUAUUAAAUUUGAGGAUGUUUACAUUGGAAUUUGCUUAAAUAUACUUAAGGUGAACAUCAGUAUUCCAGAAGAUGAAGAACAAUUCUUUCUUUAUAAAAUUAAUUUUGAUAUCUGUAAGUAUAGACAUUUGAUUGCAGUACAUGGUGUUACAUCAAGUGAAAUAAUUGAUUUCUGGCAGGAUUUGUCAUCAAACGCUCCAGUUACUUGCCUUUGA